AUGGAGAUCGAUUCAACGCCUCCGGCAGCCCCCGCGCCGGCAUCCAACAAGCAAACGUCCACAUCUCCGCAACAGUCGGUAUCGCCAUCUGCCGCCCCGUCAGCGGCAGGCACGACAUCCACAACCAACACGGCCGGUGGAUUGAGCUUCAGGAGACAACGAGCCUCAAGAGCAUGCGAGGUUCGAUGCGAUGCCGCCAGCCUCGGCGUGCCGUGUACCAACUGCGUCGCCUUUCAGAUCGAAUGCCGCAUCCCUACCCCGAAGCGCAAAAAGGUGGCUAGCAGCAUCGCCCAGUCCAAGGAUUCUGAUAGUGAACGAGGCGAGGUCGACGAUCGAUCAUCAUCACUUCCUCCCGGGUCCAGCACUUUUCCCAGUGGCACCCGACCUCCUGCUGUCUAUCACACCCACGAAGCUACCCCCUUGACCGCCCCUACCGAGGAGCAACAGAAGAAGGAGGAGUUUGAUAAUGCCACCUUGGCCAACUAUAUGAAUCUGGUCAUGAAGCCCAAGUUUACUCGGGCCCCCAUCACCGAGGCCGGCAGGGUGGCCUACCUUGGAGAGUCUUCCAACCUGACGCUGCUUGUUCACGACCGUCAGAGCUCGGCAGAUGUCGUCCACUACCCGCUGCCAGAGAAUAUCAAGGGAUCCAGGGCACGACUGACAGAGCUGGACAAUGUCGAGAUUGAAAUCCUGCACCAGCGAGGAGCUUUCCUGCUCCCGCCAAGGUCCCUCUGCGACGAGCUGAUCGACUCAUACUUCAGAUGGAUCCAUCCCGUCGUCCCUGUGAUCAACAAGACCAAGUUCAUGCGCCGGUACAAGGACCCCAAGAACCCGCCGUCUCUGCUUCUGCUACAAGCCAUGCUGUUGGCAGGGUCACGGGUGUGUACCAAUUCUCAGCUGAUGGAUGCCAACGGCUCUUCGACGCCGGCAGCCUUGACUUUCUACAAGAGAGCCAAGGCUCUGUACGAUGCCAACUAUGAGGAUGAUCGGGUGACCAUUGUCCAGUCCCUUUUGUUGAUGGGGUGGUACUGGGAAGGUCCCGAGGACGUCACCAAGAAUGUGUUUUACUGGACCCGUGUCGCCACCAUCGUCGCUCAGGGCUCGGGCAUGCACCGGAGUGUGGAGGGGUCACAGCUCAGCAGGUCUGACAAGAGGUUAUGGAAGCGCAUCUGGUGGACACUGUUCACUAGGGAUCGGUCAGUGGCGGUUGCGCUUGGGCGGCCUUGUCACAUCAACCUCGAUGAUUCGGACGUGGAGAUGUUGACCGAGGAUGACUUCAUCGAGGACGAUGCCGACCACCCUACUGGCGAACACCCGCCGGAUCCCAUUCACGUUCAGUUCUUCUUGCAGUAUGUCAAGCUCUGUGAGAUUAUGGGCUUGGUGUUGUCGCAGCAGUACUCGGUGGCGGCCAAGGGCAGGCGGCAGAACGCUAUCGACCUCACACACAGCGACAUGGCGCUUGCGGACUGGCUUCAGAACUGCCCCAAGAUUGUGUACUGGGAGAUGCCGAGGCAUCACUUCUGGUCUGCGCUGCUUCAUUCCAACUACUACACCACACUCUGCCUGCUUCACCGCGCCCACAUGCCUCCGAGUGGCUCCCACAGGUUCCCAGAAGACUCGGCCUACCCAUCACGCAACAUUGCUUUCCAGGCGGCGGCCAUGAUUACCUCGAUUAUUGAGAACCUCACAGCUCACGGGGAGCUCCGCUACUGCCCGGCGUACGUGGUGUACAGCUUGUUCUCGGCGCUCAUCAUGCACGUCUACCAGCUCAGGUCACCGGUGCAGUCCAUUCGACAGGUUACGCAGGAUCGGAUCCGCACUUGCAUGGAUGCUCUUAAGGAUGUGUCCAAGGUCUGGCUGGUGGGCAAGAUGGUGCACACCCUUUUCGAGUCGAUUCUCGGAAACAAGGUGCUUGAGGAGAGGCUGCAGAAGGCGGCUGGCAAGAGACACCGCAAGGCGCAGCAGAGCCUUUCUCAGCUGGAACAGCAUCAGCGGAUGCAAGAGAAGCGCAAAUACGACGAGAUGGCGAUCGAUUUCUCGGUUAACACGCCACAGCCACAGCACCAGGAGUCUUAUGAACGGUCCCGGCCACAAACGCCCAGUUUUCUGAACAAGGAGCAGAAUCCAAACGCGAUGCCUCCCCCCACCGCCACUGCCACAGCCACGACCUCACCACCGCCUCACACCCGCAACAACGGCGACGCGUUCAUGGGCGGGACCGCCUCACGCCCGCACACCCGACCGGCAACGCCAUUUAACCCUUCGUUCUCUGUUCCAGCCACGCCACCGGACCUCUAUCUGGUCACGAGAAACUCACCUAACCUGUCGCAGUCCAUCUGGGAAAACUUUCAACCGGAUCAAUUGUUCCCCGAGGGCGUCCAAGCGCCGUUCCAGGGGCAGUUUUCGCCGCACCAGCACCAUCAGAACAUGGACGCCUCGGUCAUGGCUCAGAUGCAGAACCAGAACAUGCAAGGUGGGCCCGCCCCCGUGGACGGACAACAUCAGUUUGGACAAGCUUUGCCAACCAACAGAGGAUUAGCAGGUAGCCCGAUGCAAAACACGAACAACAACAGCAACAAGAACGGACUGCUCCAGCCGGGGAUGGCUGGGUUUCCGGGGAACCAGGGGGCGAAUAUCUGGCAGACGAACUUUGACAGCCAGAUGGUGGAUGGGAACAGCCCGAGCGACAGCUGGAGCACGAGCUCGGUGCAGGGGCAGCCGCUUCCCUCGACGAUGAAUGUGGAAGACUGGUUUCAAUUUUUUGGGAUCAACGGCGAGGCCCAGCACGGGCUUGGGUUUGAUAAUGUAGCUGCGGCGGCUGGGUUAGGGAAUAUGAUGUAG